GCACGCUUUAAUUUUAUAUCUUGGCAACACUUUGUCUUCUCGCUUCAACGUUUACAGUGGUGGGGCACAAAAUAAUUAGAACCAUUUUUUACACUUUUAUUGCAGUCGCGAAAUUUAGUAGCGAUUUCUCACAUUUCUAUCACGGAAAAUCCAAGAAUGUCUGAGGAUAUAAUUAUGAACUCCACAAGCAACGCCAACAAUGUAUCAAAUAACGUGAUAAAAAAAGCAUCAUCUAAGGGUGAUAUACCGGCAACAUCGGCCGAAGAAAUGACUUCUCGUGAUUAUUAUUUCGACUCUUACGCCCAUUUUGGAAUUCACGAGGAGAUGUUGAAAGAUGAAGUUAGAACCAUUACGUAUCGGAACGCGAUGUACCACAAUAAACACUUAUUUCGUGGAAAGGUCGUUCUGGAUGUUGGGUGCGGGACUGGCAUUUUAUCAAUGUUUGCCGCUAAAGCUGGCGCCUCCACCGUAAUUGCUGUUGAUUGCUCUAAUAUUGUAGAAUAUGCUCGACAAGUGGUAAUUGACAAUAACUUGAAUGAAGUUGUAAAAGUAGUUAAAGGUAAAAUAGAGGACAUUGAAUUACCGAACGGCAUUGAGAAGGUGGAUAUCAUAAUUUCCGAGUGGAUGGGGUACUGCCUCUUUUAUGAGUCCAUGUUGGACACCGUGCUAUUUGCUCGAGAUAAAUGGCUGAAAACUGAUGGAAUGAUGUUCCCCGAUCGUGGUACUUUGUAUAUUACAGCCAUCGAGGAUCGACAGUACAAAGAUGAAAAAAUAAAUUGGUGGGAUGACGUGUAUGGUUUUGAUAUGAGUUGUAUUCGCAAAGUUGCUAUAACUGAGCCGUUAGUAGACGUUGUUGAUCCAAAACAAGUCGCGUCAACUUCUUGUCUCAUAAAAGAAGUUGAUUUGUAUACUGUUCAAAAAUCUGAUCUGGAAUUUACUUCGCCAUUUAAUUUAGUUAUAAAAAGAAAUGAUUUUGUACAGGCCUUGGUGACCUAUUUCAAUAUUGAGUUUACGAAGUGUCACAAACGCCUUGGAUUUAGUACCUCUCCGGAAGCCACAUAUACCCAUUGGAAGCAGACAGUGUUUUACCUUGAUGAUUAUCUAACUGUAAAGAAGGGCGAAGAAAUUAAAGGCACAUUCAAAAUGAAACCAAAUGAACGAAAUAACCGUGAUCUGGACUUUAAUAUUGAAGUUCACUUUAAGGGAGAACAUUCUGAAAUGAAUGAAAACAAUACAUAUAGAAUGCGUUGAUGGCUUCCCGACUAGGUAAAAAAGUGAAAGACUAAGUUAGAUUAUAAGUUUGUUUUAGUAGACGUCAUUGUAAUGUGUAUAUUAUCCUAUUAAUAAACAUAACAAAGAUUUUCUACAAAAGUU